AUGCGCCCGCUGCACCCAACCAUCGGUGCCUCACCGGGCGUGCCAACGGACCAGGACGAGUGCAAGCCGGUCAUCGUCGACGACAUCAACGAUCGGCGUGCGGGCACGGCGCUGACGAGCGGUCAGCGGUCCCCGCAGCAUGGGUCUGGACCGAGCCCAACCGCCCCCGCCGGGGGAAGAAGGAGGAAUUGGAAGCGAAAGCUCAAUGAGGCGUCUGGAGGUAGAAAGGGAAGGAUUCCAAGCAGAUGUUGUCCGACAUGUGGAGCCAGGAACUUUAUCAGUGAAGUGGAGUGCACCAACUGCAAGCACGUGAUCGUUAACAGCCCGCGGCGUCGAAUCCGCAUCGUCGGGAGUGAUCAGCACAGCAGCAUGGACCUGAGGAGUGGUCGGCGCAUGCCGGGGCGCCUGUCCACGGCCGGAGCGCGGCAUGGCCCAAACGAGCAGGACGAGCGAAAGCCGAGGAAGACGAAGGACGAGGAGAAGCCGAUAGGAGUGGAGGCAGCUGCACCGGCGCAGAAAAGCAAGCAACACUGCAAACCGUGUCCCGAGUGCGGAGCCAGCAACCCCAACCCACAGUUAAACUGCAUCGAAUGCAAUUACGUGUUCUUGAAGUCAAGAAGGCGCCACGUCGCGGUGCCCCCCGAGGCCACGAUACAAGCUGCGCUGAGGCGGAUGAUGAACGCACCGUUGCGGAAACAGGUUCACGGUCCCCCGUAUCCGAUAACGCAAAACACCAGGCAGGUGGCCAAGCCGAUCUUCGUCGCCCGAGCCCUCAUGAGGGCGGCACUUCAGGUCCACGACCGAGCCUCCUUCUCGCUGAGCGACGCCUGCCGCGUGAUUGCCAGUCAGCCGGGGGACGCGGAUGCGCACGUCUCCAGUGACCAGGCAGAGGUGAAGCGCUUCUUGGUGGCCCAUGAGGCGACGGUGCGGGAGCUCUUUGGGAAGCACGCGGACGACGCAGUGCGGGAGUGCGCGCUGGUGCAGGCGCUCGAGACGCUGGCGAGCAUGCGGGCGCGUGCUGACAGGCAGUGA